AAAGAAAGAGAAUGUACCUUAAAUGGUUCUCAACAACACUUUUUAGUUUAUCGGACGUCAACAGAUCACAAAACCCACAAACCUAUGCAAACUAACACACUCAACCAGCCUCAAGCAACUCAUAUAUGGAAUGCCCGCCUUGAGCCAAGCCUCUCAAGGUUGUGGAGACGCAAAGGAUGCUGAUUUGACCUGGGUAUUUCCACGCCGUUUUUACCACGAGAUAACACUAAGAGGAUCACAUAACCAAUUCACUUCUACUGAAAGCUAUCAAAAGCUUCAAAGUAUUUUACUUUGUAAUGCAUUCUACUCAUCCCCUCCAUUCAUCAUACUCGAAUUUGUUGUUCAGACAGUGGCAUACCGCAAACUAUAAGGUCAGUGCUGAGAAUCUUGUGUAUCCAAUUUUCCUCAGCCAAGACCCCGAUUGUGAUAAAAUAAUUACUAGUCUAAUAGACCAGCGUCGAAUAGGAUACAACCGAAUCAUCGAGUUCUUAACACCUUUGGUGGACAAGCAACUGAAAUCUGUUUUGUUGUUUGGGACAAUCAGUAGAGACCAAAAAGAUGCUACAGGAUCAGCUUGUGAUACACCAAAUUCACCAGUCAUUCAGGCAAUCAAGUUGCUGAAGUCAAAAUUUCCGGAUUUAAUAGUGAUUUGUGAUGUUUGUUUGUGUGGAUAUACUGACAGUGGCCAUUGUGGUGUUUUACGUGAUGACGGGUGCCUCGAUGUACCUAGGACUCUUGAACGUUUAGCAGAAAUAUCUAAACGAUUUGCCCUAGAAGGAGCUGAUGUUAUUGCCCCUUCUGAUAUGAUGGAUGGUCGUGUGAAAAAAAUCAAGACGGCUAUACAAAGUAUUGGUCUCAGUGGAAAGGUAGCCGUUAUGUCUUAUUCGGCCAAAUUUGCAUCUUGUUUGUACGGUCCUUUCAGAGAUGCUGCUCAAUCUGCACCUUCUUUUGGAGACCGUCGGCAUUACCAGCUUCCUCCUGGUGCCAAGGGAUUGGCUCUGCGUGCUGCUAUUCGCGAUGCAAACGAAGGAGCUGACUUCAUAAUGGUAAAACCUGGUCUUCCUUAUCUGGAUAUUGUAAAUGAGAUACGACAGUUGCUACCUCAUCAUCCUCUAGCAGUUUAUCAUGUUUCUGGUGAAUACGCAAUGCUAAAACAUGCCGCAAAUGCUGGAGCUAUCGAUUUAAAGCAAGCCGCCUUAGAAUUGAUGACUGCAUUCCGUCGUGCGGGUGCAUCAAUUAUCAUAACAUAUUUAACACCGUACCUGCUGGAACUUGAUUUGUCUGAAUCAUGUAAAUAAUGGUGGAUAUUUUUAAACUAACAACCUCAACAGUUUAGAUGAAUGAUUGACUUGUUCGCUGAAAUAUAUUGGAGUAAUUGAUAUUUCAUUCGCUUCACAACUUUGUUUUACUGAUUUUCUCAUUCCAUUGUAGUAUCUUUUCUUUGUCUGUUAAAUCAUAUGUAUAUUCUCUAAAAAAUUAUUCCAUUCUUAUCUACUAGCUUUAAUUCUCUUCAUCUUUCUGUAUCUGUGUUUAUUAUCCUAGUUUAUUAAUAAAUUGCUAGUUUAGGAAUUUUGCUAAGAUUGUUCAUUUGUAGUGUACAUCACAGACUGCUGUUAAUUAAACAACUAUUGAAAAUCUCAAAGCAAUGGAUAUCCGUUUCGUCCUAGUAUAUAGGUCUCCUCAACAGUACCCAUAUGUGACACCGUCAGAUAUCUCGUAGUAAGCGCCUAACCUUCAUAUCAUUGAUCUAGUAUUCAAUAUUUCAUAUUUCUUUCUUCGGUUUAUGUGUAGGAAGGAUUUGAAUGUGACCAACUUGGUCUCGUGUGCUGUUACGGGUACGAGGGCUGAUAUCACUUCCCGGCUGCCAACACCGUGGAAGGGUAUUUCUUGAGGAACCUGAAAAGGAAAUUGGAUUAGUGUUGGUCUUAACGACCUGGGAGCGUGACCGCAGAGCCCAAGGGACAAC